AUGGAUAUCAAAGAAGACACAGAUCUCUUUGUGAUUGAUGAAGUUGGUAAGAUGGAGCUGUUUAGUUCUUUGUUCUUCCCUGCAGUCUUGCGAGUUUUGGAGUCUAACAAACCCUUUCUAGCUACCAUCCCGAUUCCAAAAGCUGGUCGAGAUAUUCCUGAAGUGGCGAGGUUGAAAAAUCGUCCGGGGGUGACUGUGUUUACUCUAACGACAAGCAACAGGGAUGCCAUGAAAGAUCGAAUAUAUACCGAGUUGACAGACAAGUUGGUUUAACCGUUUUUCCCCCCGGUGAACUUAUAAAAAAUGUAGUCAGUUUGUUUAUCAUAGAAACCACCUCCCAGAUCUGCAAAAUGAAAUUUGCAGCAGUCUAUUUUCAUUUGUUCCUUUUUCGGUGUGAUUUUGAGAUGAGACUGAAUAUUCUUU